AUGGCAGCCCACGAGUUUAUUGAAGAUUCACAUUUUAGAGCGUCACCUUUAACCCAUUUAUACAUUUCCAGACUGAUUUGCUUUGUAUCUGUUUGCGUUUAUUGUUUGGUCAUUGAUCUUAUGUUGAUCUUUCUGGUUGCAACUCAACUGGUCAUGUUUAAAGGAGAAAGCAAAGUUGUCUGCAUACCUGUCGUGGUAGCUGUAAGUUGUCAAACAAGGAAAGCAGGACUGCCUGUUGGUUACAAGGGUUGUCAAUUUCAUAGAGUUAUUAAGGAUUUUAUGAUUCAGGCUGGUGAUUUUGUAAAGGGUGAUGGUAGUAGAUGUGAUGGAAAUCUAAUCCCCAAGGAUCCCUUUGGAAGAGAUAAGACCAAGAGGGGUGAAGGUUGAUCCAAGGAGGCUCACACUAGAAGACCAUUGGGCCUU